AUGCCAACCGACACAAGCUCCUAUGAAUCAAUUGACAGCCUCCUGGCACACUACUUGGACCUGCUCGACGAGUACACACGCCUGCGCGACGCCCUGCACACGCUGCAGGCCGACAUGUUCCAGCACCUGGCACGAGCCAACUUCUCCGCCGAGCGGGGUGUGCGCUACUACGGACAGGACUACUACGACGAGCGGAUGCAGGCCACGCGGAGGGUGCAGAUCCGGCUGCGGGGGGAGGGGGGAGACGUAGCCGGUAAAGAGGGAAGCAGGACUGGCAGCGGGAGCAGGAGCGAGAGCGGGAGCGGGAUUGAAGAGAGCAAACCGCUGUUCACCAUCAGGCUGCACCCCGCGCCAGGACAGGAGCAGCAGGAGAAGCAGGAGCAGCAGGAGGACACAACGCCGGCCGAGCGCCCGGCCGACAGGACAGCAGCAAAGCGCGACGACCCAGCGAGCACAGACGCAAGCCGCGACGCAAGCAACCCAGACCACACUUCACCGGGGGAAACACCCGCAGCCUCUUCUCCAAACAACAACAACAGCAGCAACAGCAGUGACAACAGCAACAGCAGCAGAAGCAAAACCAGCCGCAAGAGCAAGAGCGACGACCCCCUCCGCUGGUUCGGCAUCCUGACCCCUCCGGCCCUGCGCCAGGCGCAAGCACAGGCCAUCCGCGCGGUCGAGGCGCUCCGUG